AUGGUCGGCUCUAUCCUCCGCCAGUUCUUCUCCCCGGCGACCCGUCGUCCCCUCGCAGCGGCCCUCACAACACAACCACCGAGCCGACUCCUACAGCCAUCCCUCCGAACAUUCACAACCUCAGCGCCCCGUGCUUUCGCCCCGACGACCGCUCGCCCCGCGACGCUGAACCAGGUACUCCGUGGUAUCCGAAAGGGCAAGCGCGCUCGCCACGCUGUCUCCCCUGCUCUGUCCAACACCAAUUGCCCAGCUCUCAAGGGCGUGUGUCUCCGAGUCGGUGUCGUUCGUCCCAAGAAGCCCAACUCUGGUGAGCGAAAGACUGCUCGUGUCAAGCUCUCUACCGGAGCUGUUAUUACAGCUUAUAUCCCCGGUGAGGGACACAAUAUCCAGCAGCACAGUGUCGUCUUAGUGAGAGGUGGUCGUGCGCAAGAUUGUCCUGGUGUGAGAUACCAUCUUAUUCGAGGAGCUCUUGAUUUGGGUGGUGUUGCAAGCCGAACAACAAGUCGAAGCAAGUACGGUACCAAGAAGCCCAAGAAGGCCACUGUUGGUUAA